AUGCAUGAGAUCGGCCAUUCGUUAGGAAUGGUUCAUACUCAAUCAAGAUCAGAUCGUGAUAAUUAUGUACGAAUUGUUACAGCAAAUAUAGAUCCAGAUUUUCUGAAUAACUUUUGGCGUUGGCAAUUUGGCACAAUUAUUUUUCCUGACGUUGCAUUUCCAUAUGAUUUUGGUAGUGUUAUGCAUUAUGAUUCUUAUGCAUUUUCAACGAAUGAUAAACAAACAAUUUUGCCUUUUGAUGAUCGAUAUAUAAAAACGAUUGGUCAACGUGAAAAAGUGGCAUUCUAUGACUAUAAACAAAUAAAUAGAUUGUACUGCACGAGACCAAAUUGUCCACAAAUGUUUAAUAGUAGUUGUCAAAAUUUUGGCUAUUUGGAUCCGAGAACAUGUACAACAUGUGUUUGUCCCGAAGGAUUCGGAGGACAAUAUUGUGAAACAAUAGAUCCAACGAGUACAUGCGGCGGGAUUAUCACAAAUCCUAAUCCAUAUUUGUCCACUCAAAUAACCAUACAGAAUCCGUCUCCAACUUCAGCUACACGUACUACACAAUAUUGUGUCUGGAUGAUACGAUCACUAAGUGCACAAAAAAUUCAUUUACGACUCGAUUUUUUGAAUACAGACAAUCAAGAAACUUGUAAUUUGACCAAUCUAGUUGAAAUUAAAUAUCGAAAUGACCUAGCAUUGACUGGUGCCAGAAUGUGUGGUAAUAGCCAACGUGAUAGUUUUUCUGCAUCAUUUCAAAAUAUUACAGCUACAAUUAAUACAAUGAUGGUAAUUUUUCGUGCAAAUAACUAUUUAAAUAAUUCUGGAAAUCCAAUGUACAGUUUUAGAGCAACAGUCACAUUUGAUGCCGAGCCACUACCGUUAGUAAAUUUAACAACCACAACAUUGCUUUCAACGCCAUCACCGACAACAACUCCAAGAGUAAUAACUCCAAUUCCAAUAUCUACGUCGACAACAACAACAACAACAACAACUCUAAGAGUAAUAACUCCAAUUCCAAUAUCUACAUCGACAACAACCACUUUCACAUCUCAGGCAACAAUAGCGACCAGUAAUACUUGUCCUAGUCCAUCCUUUCGAUGUCAACUUGCCACUCAGCCAACAUGUGGUGGAUGUUUACGGUAUGAACCAUGUUUAGCACAAGGUACGCAACAAUGCAUUGUUAGUGCAUAUCAAGCACAAUUAGUUAGUUGCAAUCAAAUUAUUAACGGAGUAGCACAAUGUUCAUAUAGGUAA